AUGUAUUCAGGUCAACCUAAUUACCUCUUCUUACUUUGUUUACUAUAUCUUCUACUUAAUAAGAGCACUGUAUCAAAACAACUCUUUCAUAUCACAUCACAUCCUUUAUGUAAGGCCAGUAGAAAGAUAUCAAAAUGUGGAUACUUGUUUGUGGCACCUGAUUUUGACUUCAACAGUCCAUUGGACAGAUCUCGGAGAUGGCAGAGAAGAUUUUUUGUGUUAUAUGAUGAUGCUGAACUCACAUUCUCUGUUGAUGAUAAUAUUAAUACAGUACCUCAGGAAGUUAUUGAUAUGAAUAAAUGUGUUGAUGUAAUAGAUGCUGAAAAAUCUACAUCCCAUCCCAAUGCUAUUGGUGUUGUAACUCCAGAAAAAACUCACUUUAUUAAAGGAGAAUCUAAGGAAGAAUCACAAUGCAGUAAUUUUACAGUUGAAAAUACUAGCUAUACUAUCUCUUCAUCUAUAGAUCAUACGUAA